ACUAUAUAACUCGAGCGGUCGCGGUUCGCUCGUGCCUGCUGCGUGUCUUCUUGUCUUAUCCACUUUGUGAUCGGUGGGUUUCCCUUAAACUGGGGACCAUUCACUUAGACGCGAUCUUCGUAUCUAGCCAUCACCAUGUCUCGCCGUAGACCCGAUAUCGAGGCUACUGAGCCCACUGUCUCGUCUUCGGGUAGCAGCAAGUCCGACUUCAACACAGCACAGCACAAUGAACAUACCGGCUCUCAACACCGACAAGCAUCUGUCGCGGCCAAACUUCGCAACCCUUUAGCGGGUCUCAGUGAGGAACAGGUCCUGGCUGAUGUCGAAGCCUGGUGCACAAAGAAGGGACUUCAAGACGACCUCGAUUCAUUCCGCAAGGGUGCAUUGAUCGCCCGAGUGGGCCAGCGAGAGGACGGCUUCGAAUACGUGAAUGCCCUAUCAGCAGAAGAAAAGGACGUACUAAGACGUGAGGCUUCUCAUCGAUGGUCGCAGCCAUUCAUGUUGUACUUCCUGGUCAUUCUUUGUGCUGGUUCUGCUAUCGUGCAAGGAAUGGAUCAAACAGCCGUGAAUGGCGCUCAGGAGUUCUAUUUCAGAGAAUUUAACAUCACUGAAGACCAAGUAUGGCUUCGCGGUCUACUCAACGGUGCUCCAUACCUCUGCUCUGCGGUUAUUGGCUGCUGGUCUAAUGCGCCACUGAACAAAUUCUUUGGUCGUCGCGGCACCAUUUUCAUCUCAUGCAUCAUAUCUUUCAUUACUGGUAUCUGGAUGGCGGUUUGCGAGAGCUGGCCAAACCUUCUCGCCGCUCGAUUCAUGCUGGGCUUCGCUGUCGGCGCAAAGUCUUCAACCACCCCCGUCUACGCCGCAGAGUCUGCACCAAAAACUAUCCGUGGAGCCCUCACGAUGAUGUGGCAGAUGUGGACUGCUUUUGGAAUCAUGCUCGGUUUUGUCGUCUCCGUUGCAUUCCAGAACGUAACUAUUAUCGGAGGACCGAAUUCGCCAUGGAGGUGGAUGUUGGCCAGCACCAGUAUACCUCCCCUGAUUGUCUGCGUUCAAGUCUAUUUCUGUCCAGAAUCGCCGCGCUGGUACAUGGAAAAAGGAAAAUUCGACAGAGCCUUCCAGUCUCUCUGCCGCCUCCGCUGGAACAAGAUACAAGCAGCACGUGACAUGUACUACGCCUACAAGCUCCUCGAGAUCGAAAAUGCCCAUCGUGAGGGCAGAAACCCAGUUCGAGAGUUUUUCUUGGUUCGUCGUAACAGACGUGCCGCUCAAAGCGCUUUCUUUGUCAUGUUCAUGCAACAAUUCUGCGGAGUGAAUGUCAUUGCUUACUACAGCACUUCUAUCUUCCGGUCCGCCGGCUUCAGUCAAUCCGAAGCACUACUGACGUCUAUGGGCACGGGUAUAACAAACUGGCUCUUCGCCAUCCCUGCCAUCUACACCAUCGACACAUUCGGGCGCCGCAAUCUCCUCCUAACUACUUUCCCAUUGAUGGGAAUCUGUCUGCUCUGGUGCGGUCUGUCAUUUUACCUGCCUAAUAACCCAGAUGGCACACCAACACAGGGCCGUCUCGCGUCCAUCGCAGCUGCCAUUUAUACUUUCAUGGCCGUCUACUCCCCCGGCGAAGGUCCUGUCCCCUUCACGUACUCCGCCGAAGCCUUCCCGCUGCACCUCCGCGACGUCGGCAUGUCCUUUGCUACUGCCACCUGCUGGGGCUUCAACUUCAUCCUCUCGCUAACCUGGCCCGCACUGGAAUCCGCCUUCACGCCCACCGGCGCCUUUUGCUGGUACGCCGGCUGGAACUUUUUCGGCUUCUUCUACGCGUACUUCCUGUUGCCUGAGACCAAGGCGCUUACGCUUGAGGAACUCGAUACGGUGUUUGAUGUGGGAAAUCGACAGUUUUCAGCGUAUUAUAGGAGGAAAUUGCCGUGGUAUUUGAAGAAGCAUGUGUUGAGACGGAAUGUGGAGCCCAUGGAGCCGUUGUUUGAUUUGCACGAGCAGAGUUCCACACAUAAUCUUGCGGAUGAGCGGGUUGGUGGUGUGGAGAAUACUGAAUUUAGGGAGAAGGGUGAGGAGAAUAAGAUGUGACAAUCUGGUUGGUGUAAUGAAUGUAGGUGAUGGUGGUUGGGCUGGCUGGUGCUGCCAGUGGCAAAAGGGGGUUUUUCUUCUAUGGUGCAGAUACUCGUAGGUAGGUUUUUAAUAUGCAAUAUACCCA